CAGUUACAACUUCCGUCCACCACAUGCAAAAACAAGCCUUAUUAGAACUACAAUUCCCAUAAUGUACCUAGUCCGCCACGGGAUUGCCAGAAUUCAAAGCAGACAGCAGACACUUUCUUAUCAAACUAUUCAGCGGUGCACAGGUCAGAGAGAGAAAAUUUGACUACCACCGGAAACAUAAACAUUAAACACUUUCACCAAAUCGAGAAUGACGGAUCGAGCAAACAAUUUCCCCCCUCUGCCAAAGUUUAUGCGCAUAAAGCCAUGUUUUUACCAGAACGUGGCUGAGGAAAUCCCACAGCCCUACCAGCAGCUUGUGCGUCGAAUUUACCAUCUUUGGAUGUUGUACUGUAUCACACUAUGUGUUAAUGUGGUGGCCUGCAUAGCCUGGUGGGCUGGGGGGGGCGACGUAGACAACUUUGGGUUUGCGCUUCUCUGGCUUCUGGUUUUCAGCCCAUGUAGCUACACCUGCUGGUUUAGGCCACUCUAUAAAGCAUUCCGGGCUGAUAGUUCCUGCAACUUCAUGGCAUUCUUCUUCAUUUUCUUUUUGCAAUGUGUUCUUGCCUUCAUUCAGAGUCUUGGAAUAUCAGGUUGGGGUGCUUGUGGUUGGAUUGUCACAGUGUCAUAUUUUGGCACGAAUGUAGUCUCGGCUAUAUUCAUGCUCAUCUGUGCUCUGCUCUUUACCAUAGAUACAGCUCUAAUGGUGUUCAUUCUCAUCAAGGUUCAUCGACUGUAUCGCGGUGGAGGAGGCAGUUUUCAGCAGGCACAGGAAGAAUGGAGCACGGGUGUGUGGAAAAGUGCCCCUGUGAGGCAAGCUGGAUUCAACGCCAUCUCUCAAACUGGCCCCAGCCUGCCCCAGUAUCCAGCCACUGUGCCCAAUUACCCAGAGAGCGGACCCUGGUGAUACUUUAUAUGAACUACAGAUGAAGCCAGAGUACCACUGGUUGUCUUAAAAGUAAAGGGGCAGUUUGCAGUGGGACGUUACCUUUUCGAGAAAACACUUUGGCUAGAUCGCGGGUUUGUGAAUAGUUGCUUUACAUUUAUACAAUGUUUUUCUAUAUAUACAUAUAUAGCAAAAAUCUCUAAUGUUAAACCACUCCUUAAAAAAUCUAUAUAAACCUGAAUAGUUUUUUUCAAGUUAAACAUUUGAACACUUUAAAGGAUUACUUCACCCAAAAGUCAAAAUGAUGUCAUUAAUGACUCACCCUCAUGCCGUUCCAAACUCGUGAGACCUCAGUUUAUCUUCGGAAACAGUUUAAGAUAUUUUAGAUCUAGUCCGAGAGCUCUCAGUCCCUCCAUUGAAACUGUGUGUACGGUAUACUGUCCAUACAUGUUUCAAUGGAGGGACAGAGAGCUCUCGGACUAAAUCUAAAAUAUCUCAAACUGUGUUCCGAAGAUAAACGGAGGUCUUAUGGGUUUGGAACAACAAUAAGGGUUAAUUACAAAAUUUAGAUUUUUGGGUGAACUAACACUUUAAUGUGAAUGAUCUGAUUGAAAAUGUUUCAAACCACUUUUCUGGGUGCAAAUUCUUACAAAACGCCACUCAGUAGGUUCAAUAACCUAGCAAAACAAGCUAACUGCUACUUCAAAUACUCUCAAAGCGACAGCAAAGUGGUGGACCAUGAGUAUAAAAAUAGCAAAAAAGGACACUAUUACGUUGAUGAAUUCAUCUCCAUUCAUCUGAGCCUUGAUUUAUCUUAUCACUCCAUUUUCCUUGCUUGAGAAUGAAAUCGGAAUCGUUUCAUAUCAAUUCACUGAAUCAUGUAGCAUACAUAUGCAUGUACUAAAUAUGACAGUAUUCUGUACAAUCACAUUACCGUUUUAGGAAAAGUGUUUGUUUGUUUUUUUUUAUAGAGGAAAAAGCAUGCCAAAACGUUUUUCUAAAUUAUGGCAGCUUUUCCAUUUACCUCAAGAAAUGUCCACAUCAGUGCUUCUGCGAUUCAUUUCAAACUUCGGUUAAUUAUUCGCUCAGACUUUCAAGAUCCACAAACAUUAAUAAAAUGUCUUUGUAAAUGGUAUGAUUUGCAUAUGACACACCAUUUUUAAGCUGCAGAUAUUUUAAGGUCUAUGACUGAGAAUGUUUCUUGCAAACACAUCUUGUGCCUGCUUGCUUUUCUGUUUAAAGCUUUUCACCUCUUCGAAAUGAAGACCGCCUUAAUUCUUCAUGCAAAUUAAGCAUGUGUGAACCAAUAGCGGUCAAGUUUCCCUUAAGUCCUACAACUCUAGUUGUGGAUGUGGCUGUAUCCUCCUGAGCUGUUAUUAAUAUCGGCUUCUAAAUAUGUAUUACUUUGCAUUUAAUCUUUGUUUCAUUUAAGUAAUCAUCGUGCUUCAUAUUGUGUUUCCAAAGUGGUUGGUAGGAGGCACUCAGUAUGAACGUGACUUGAUCUAUAUGUUGAAGAUCUCCCUCCACUGAGCCAAAGGAGGCUGAUAUUGAAACAUUCCAGGACUGGCCUUGUGUAGCCAAAGUAUUUAACUCUUCUGUAUCUAACAUGUGACUAUAUUGGCUCUCUAAUUAACUUCAUUUCAAUAAAAACAUUCCUUUUUA